GCCUAUCCCAGGAAUUAGCAGGCGAGAGGCAGAGUACACCCUGGACAGUUGCCAUCGCAGCAGUUAACUGGAAAUAGUUAAAUCUGAUUCAUCAUUUCUCUUGUCUGUUCUUUUUGUUUUCCUUCUCCUUAAAGCACAAAGAGGGAUGAAGCUGCUCUAAUAUCCAUCAACAUGCUGGAGUAUAGAUUUUUAUUUUAUUUUAUUAACAAAUAACACUUUUUGGGAGUAUUUAACAUGUCUUCUCUCACCGAUUCUAACUAAGUGCAAAGUUUUAAGGAGUUGCACUGUUGAUAUUUGCAUUUAAGGCAGCUUAAUGAUUAGUGGUGUACGUGAUCGUAUAUAUGGGCCGGUCUGGGGCAAAAUGCCCUGUUUCCUGCAGCCCAUUCUGUUGUCACAGUUCCUCAGGGAACCAAAACCAUCUGUCCAAAACCAGAGACCAUGUUCUCCAUAGAACUGGACAGGUUCACAAAUCUUUUAAAUGGUCAGGAGGAGGCGCUCAGGAGAACCCCGGAGGAGCCAGAAGGAGGCUACCGAAACUGAAGAUCCCUGCAAAGAUCAGGAACUACCGCAGGACGUUCCAGCAGAAAGUUCCUGCAGGUGAUGCAUUGGAUGCUGUGCAGCAGGAGGAGGAGAAGGAGGAGCAGUUGGAGGAGAUCAGCAGGAGGCUGAUCCUCAAGGAGGAGGAGCUCUUCAGGCAAGAGUCCCCCAAUGAGGAGGCGGAGGACCAGCUGCAGCAAGACUUCGAGGCCCUGGGAGUCCGGAUCUGGAUGGCCAUCCAAGACACCUUCACCUCCUCCCCUCCCUCUGCUGAGCACCUGGAGGUCCUAAGGAGUGCUGUGGCCUCCAUCCAGCAGCAGGAGCAGCAGGACCAGCGCUGGACAGAGAAUCCAGAGAACCGGGUUCCUGUGUGGCGUCCUCACAGGUAUCUUAGCACUCACAACAUGCUGCUGCAGAAGAUGGUGGUGGCCCGACUGAGGAAGGCUGCGGAGGAAGAGGAGGUCAGAGCCGAUCAGUUAUCCUCCGAGGGGAAGAGACAGGUGUGUCGUGUCGGGAAGUGUGUGAAGGAGGACCUGCUGACGGUGGUGAGGAAGGUGAAGGACUGUUACCCUCUACAGAUGGACAUCCUGAACGUCUACGCUGGGCUCUACCAUCGGACCUUCUCUGCUCAUCUAACAGAGAUGGCGUUCUCAAACCUGGACAUUGAGGACUGCAGCUACCUGCUGUUCUGGAUCAACAAUUACUACCCUAAUGAAAUUCUGAAACACAAAGAACUGGACGGGCAGAUCAAGACGGCCUAUUUGGGUUCCCUGCUGCUGCCAGAUCAGCUGGACCGGCUGGAGGACCAGUACCUGUCCCACAAAGAGGAUCAGGUGAAGUUGUGGCUGAACACAGCUCUGAGGAAGGAGGAGAUGAGCUGGCUGAGUGGCAAUACACCUGAACUUAUCGAUGGUUAUUUCUUCAGUUCGCUGGCUGUCGACGUCAUACAGGUGAUGAGCAGCUCCCUGAAGGAGAUCAACUGUGCCAUCAAAGACCAGAACAAAGCUCAGAGGCUCACAGCUCUCAUGGAGAACUUCCUCUGCAGCUAUAAGAAGUGUGUGGAGGACUUUCUGAGUGGAAACCAUGGCAACAUGCACCCAGUGAUGAAAGGACAGCUGGUGUGUGAGCAGCAGCUUAGGGAUUACAUCAGUGGUCAAACAGAAAGCUUGAGUGAGGCUCAGAGACAUGGCUGUAUGGACACCCUGUCUGCUCUGAGGGACGUUGUCUUCAUGUGCUUCACCUGUCCUUUUCACUCCCACAUCAAGGUGUGUCUGAAACAGCUGUGGACAUCCGCCUGGGUGGAUGGCUCACUUCCUGUCAUCGACUCGCUGCUGGACCACCUGGAAAAACAUCUGUGUGACCUGAAUGAUCUAAAACCAGUCUGCAGAGCGGCCCUCCUCUCUGUCCUUUAUCAGGAUGUGGCCUUCCGCUAUGUGAAGAAGAUGAUAAAGACCAAGAUGAAGAACAGAGAGCAGCAGGAAGCCGGAGCUCAGCUGAUGAUCCAAGACGCUCAGAAGAUUGACAACUUCUUCACAGAAAAGGGCUGCAGCGAGGCCUCCUGGAUCCGUGGGUUGCUCUGCAGCCUUGCUGAGUUGCUCCAGCUGCAGGAUCCUGCCAGCAUCCAGCUGGAGCUCGUCAUGCUGGCCCGGACCUUCCCUGACCUCAGUGGCGCUCAUGUGUCGGCUCUCCUGUCAGUGAAAUUCGGCCUAUCAGCUGCUGACGUCAGCUCCAUCAGGAAGAGCGUGGAGAAGAACCGCCUCCACAAUGCCUCCGCCAAUCACAGCCAUCCGUUCUUCUCUAAUAUCAAAGUUAAAUGGCUCACUAAUAAAAUCAAUCAAAUGGGACUCAAGAGCUAAAUGUUGUUAGCAUGUUAGCAGAAAUAGUUCAGUCAGUUAGCUAACGUAUCUUUGGUGUCAUGGUGCUGUCGCGCUAGCAGGAGCAGAAAACCAGGAAGUCGAUUAACUCAAUCAGAGUCUUUUAGAAAAUCAGUUGAUAUUGUUGUUGGCCAAACUUUCAUCAUUCAAUCAAAACUGAGAACACACCGGCUCAAUUCCAGUAAAAGAUGUUUUAAAGGCUGCUUCCUUUCCUUCAUAAACAGC